AUGUCGGACUCAACCUCUGAAGGGCGAAUCCCAUCAUUUGAAAUUGUGAAGGCUUCAGACGACAUCACAGAAACAGGUAUUCCCAAAGCUGAAGGACAAGUGGGCAAGGAAGAGACAGCCCAACCGGCACCAGCAGGGCCGCCUCCACCUCCGAAUGGGGGUAUCAAGGCCUGGCUACAAGUCCUCGGAGGAUUUCUAUUCGUUUUGAACACUUGGGGUCUUGCCAAUUCCUACGGUAUCUUUCAAACGUAUUAUUCGAGCACGCUGCUUGUGACGUCGAGUCAAUCUUCUCUGUCAUGGAUCGGUUCCAUUCAAGGAUUUCUACUCUUAUUCAUCGGAGUCUUCUGUGGCCGGGCCUUUGAUGGGGGUUACUUUUACCCGGUUGUGUCUCUGGGCAUUUUUCUCGAGGUUUUUGGCAUGAUGAUGACGUCCCUGGCAACCAAAUAUUAUCAAGUUUUUCUGGCUCAGGGACUCUGUGUCGGGUUAGGAUCUGGCUGUCUAUUUACACCAGCUAUUUCACUUGUCGGUACGUAUUUCUCGACAAGACGAGCACUGGCGACUGGAAUUGCUGCAAGUGGCAGUAGCGUAGGCGGUGUUAUUUUCCCUAUCGUCAUCCGUCGACUCAUUGUGACAGUUGGAUUCCCAUGGGCAGUGCGCACGAUGGCAUUUAUUAUGCUAGCAACACUAGGAAUUGGCAUCGCCUUACUUCGACCACGCUUACCACCACGCAAAUCCGGGCCAAUUAUUGAUUUGGCUGCAUUCAAGGAUCCGGCCUACACAACUUUCGUAAUCGGUUUAGCAUUAGGCUUUAUGGCCUUUUUCAUUCCAUUCUUCUAUGCCGAAAGUUAUGCGCUCAAUAUCGGCGCCGACACGAAUAUCUCUUUCUACGUGCUGAGUAUCAUGAACGGUGCAGGGAUGAUUGGACGGCUACUACCUAAUGCAAUGGCAGAUAAAGUCGGGAGCCUAAACGUGAUCGUUCCCUGCGCUUACUUGUCCGGCAUAAUCGUUCUCUCCUGGAUAUCCGUCCAACAUUUAGGAAAUUUAAUAGCCACUUCGGUGCUUUAUUCCUUCUUCUCGGGUGGACUAAUGGCCCUGCCACCAGCCGUCUUGGUUGCGCUGAGUCCAAAUUUGGCCCAGAUCGGCGUUCGCGUUGGUAUGGCUUUGACUGUUGGCUCUUUGGGGGUGUUAAUCGGAUCUCCUAUCGCCGGUGCCAUCCUGUCAAGUCAGAGCCAGAACAAUGAUCCUGAUGUUCAGGGCGCUUUGGAUUACACAGGGACACUGGCAUUUACUGGGGUCACCCUGUUAGUAUGUGGUGUGUUGAUGACGGGGACGAGAGUUAUCAAGAAGGGGUUCGGGUUGGAGACGGUUUGA